UCCUACAAUAAAAGCAAAGACGGAAAUAGGACCUGUGACGAAUCUGCUGCUUCAGAUGUUAAGGUUCGGUCGGUCUAAGAAGAAGAAUCUUCCGUCGCGAAGAGCUCGGCACAGGUCUCGGCGGGAAAGGAAGCCUGAGCUUUGCUGAGAACAUGAAUGAUUGGAUGCCCAUAGCCAAGGAGUAUGACCCUCUCAAAGCUGGCAGCAUUGAUGGCACCGACGAAGACCCGCACGAUCGCGCUGUCUGGAGGGCGAUGCUGGCACGAUACACCCCCAACAAAGGCGUCACAGGGGACCCCCUCCUCACCCUGUUUGUGGCGAGACUAAACCUGCAGACCAAAGAGGAGAAGUUAAAGGAAGUGUUUUCCCGCUACGGGGACAUCCGGCGGCUUCGGCUAGUGAGGGACUUGGUCACAGGCUUUUCGAAGGGCUACGCCUUCAUCGAAUACAAAGAUGAGCGUUCUCUGCUCAAAGCUUACCGGGAUGCUGACGGCCUGGUCAUUGACCAGCACGAAAUAUUUGUGGACUAUGAGCUGGAGAGGACUCUCAAAGGGUGGAUUCCUCGGCGACUUGGAGGAGGUCUGGGUGGGAAGAAGGAAUCUGGGCAGCUGAGAUUUGGGGGGCGGGAUCGGCCUUUUCGCAAACCCAUUAACCUGCCAGUUGUGAAAAAUGACCAGUUCCGAGAGGGGAAGAGGGAGAGGAGGGAGCGGUCUCGGUCCCGAGAAAGACACUGGGACUCCAGGAUGAGGGACCACCAUGACAGGGGCCGGGAGAAAAGGUGGCAGGAGAGAGAACCAGCCAGGGCAUGGCCGGAAGGUGACUGGGAGAGAGAGAGGGACUUCAGAGAUGACAGGGUCAAGGGGAGGGAGAAAAGGGACAGAAGCAAGUAGACCAUCCCUCCCCCUCUUCCUCCCCAAACCCAAAGGAAGGUGCAGGACCAGUAAGAGUGCAGGGAUACCGCAUUGCCUGUGUAUAGAAUCUAAGUCCAGUGGUUGAAUAAAACUGAUGAAAAUGAAAACAGAACAAAACCUUUCCAAUGAUAAUGGGGUUAGGUAAGUUUUCUUUUGACUCUGGAACCCAGUUUCAAGCUGAACACGUUGAUAUUAUAUGAAUUUUCUCUUCUUCAUCUUACGUGUUUGUGUUAGUUGCUCAGUCGUGUCUGACUGUUUGCAACCACAUGGACUGUAGCCUACCAGGCUCCUCUGCCCAUGGGAUUUUCCAGGCAAGAAUACUGGAGUGGGUUGCCAUUUCCUUCUCCAGGGGAUCGUCCCGACCCAGGGAUCAGACUUGGAUCUUCUGCACUGCAGGCGGAUUCUUUACCAUCUGAGCCACCAGGGAAGCCCCUCUUCAUUUUAGUUUUUUCAGUUUUUAUUAUUUUUAAAAAUCUUUUGCCACACCUAAUGGUACGUGGAAUAUUGGUUACCAACCAGGGAACCCAGGUCCCCUGUAUUGCCAGCAUGGAAUCUUAAUCACUGGACUACCAGGCAAGUCCCUGUUUUUGUUUUUGUUUUGGGGCAACUUGUGGGGAUCUUAAUUCCCCGACCAGGGAUUGAACCCUGGGGCCCUCAGCAGUGAGAGUGCAGAGUUCUAACCAUUGGAUCUCUAGGGAAUUCCCUUCAUCUUACAGUUUUAAGGACCUGUUAUUUGAUAAGCUUGAGAAACAAUUUUGUAGUUGCCAUCAUCUGUACAGAAAGACCUCUGUAAGGAACCAUCACUCAUUUAAUUUGGUAGUAGAUAGCUUUGUUUUGAUUUUUUUCUCCCAUCUAUUGGAAAUGACCUUUUUUAAAGUGUAGCAAAAAGAGGUGAUGCCUGGAAACCAUUUGCAUUGAUCUGUGACUUUCAGGAACCUUGAAUCUGGUCAGGAUCAAAGUUGUAUCUUUUCCAUCUUUAUGUCCAUAGUGCAAGGGUUUGGUUAAGUGAAAUAAAAAUAGGAUAGAAAAGUGAAUCCAAGGAGAUUGUCCAGAGACGAAGAACCAAAAGCCAGUCCUAGCAGUGUUCUGGGUCAGUAGCCAGCUUCUCUUGAACAAAUAUAACUCCAUUCUCCAGCCAAAUGCUGACUACUUUUUUUUCCCUUUCCUUUUUUGGUGGGGUGACUGGCAUUUAAAAUGAAAAACCAAAGUUGCAGGGCUGUGAGGCUAUGGACUAUGGCAAUUUCCCAGCCCUUGGAAAAGAGAAAGUUCAAGAGAAGUGAGAGUGAAAUGAAAGUGAAAUCCAUGAAAGGUCAGUAUCUAGUUCUGAUGGACUGAUUUGCCUUUUCCCUCGACCAUCUGGCCUCUGGUUUGUUUAAAAGCCGGAUAUAUUGACCUUAACUUCUGAGGACUUUGAAUAAGUGCCAUACUAUCUACAGUUUUCAACAAACUGACAUUUAACAUUUUUGUCUUAUCCAUGACUGUAUCUUUGAAAGUUUAGUUCUUAAAAUUCAGGAUGUCUCAUGCAGAAUAAAUGCCUGAUUUAGUAUCAAGAUUCACACAUUCAUUACUAGGUUUUUGCAUCAGGAGUAGGAAUCUCAUUGUUAUGUUAGGGACCUAUAAUAUCUUAAAGUUACUGUUAGCUGUUAGAACUGUUUUAGAAAAAUAUACUCUUUCUCGAUUUCCAGUGCAAUAAUUUACAAUCUCCCAAAUCUCAACCAUCUUGCAGGAACACCUUUCUGAUUUCACCUACAUUUCAUUUAAAACAUCUGUUAUGGGCUAGAGUUAGAGUUAGCAGAUAUAUUAGGUAAACGAGAGAUCCCCAUCCAGGAACAGGAAUUGUGAAAUGGCUUCAGAAGUAACACAUCCAGUGGCAGUGUUUUGUUUAAUUCUAAUUUUUAUCUUUUGACUGUGCCACACAGCAUGUGGGAUCUUAGUUCCCCAACUAGGGAUUGAACUUUUAUUCCCUACAUUGGAAGCAUGGAGUCUUAAGCACUGGACCACCAGGGAGGUCUCCAGUGGCAGUAUUUGCAUAGUCUAAGCUGGCAUUUAUCAACCCUGAGUACCAGAACAUGAAUGGGUGAAAAAAAAUAUACACACUCAGAGCCUGCCCCCGGACAUUUGGGUUUAGUCUUGUAUCAGCCCUGAUAACUUAAAAAAAAAGUAGGACGACCUCCCUUUCCUCCCCUGCCCCACCCUGGCAGGGGCUGUACCCAUCAACAUGGCAAAGGCCGACUCCCUCUGACCCAGCAGUUCUGCUUCUAGCUUAUUCUGCGGGCCGAUGCACAAGUACGAAAGUGUGAGUGCUGUUUUAGGAAAACUGGAAGCCAUCUGUCCACCCGUGGGCCUGGACAAACAUAAACAAAUUACACUCUGUAUAGUUGACCAGGGUUCCUCAGUACUGGCACCAUCGACAUUUGGGGCUGGAAUAUUCUUUGGUUUCAGGUCUGGGCUAUGCAUUGUACGAUAUUUAGCAACAUCCCUGGGGCCUACACAGAAUGGAUGACAGCACCCGCACCCGCCCCCCCUGCACACAGUUGCGACAACCAAAAAUGUCUUCAGAGAGUGCCAAAUAUCCCUGGGGGCCAAAAUCACCCCUGGUAGAGAUUCAGUGUCAUACUGCUGUGGAGUUAUAUCCGGGGUAUUCUAAGGAAUGAAAGGUACAGAAGGACGUGUGUAUCAUAUGCUGCCAUUUAUGUAAAAAGAAGAGAAAUAUAUCUGUUUUUUACAUGACUGCAUGUAUAUUUAUAAAUUAUUUCAGGAAAGACACCCAGGAAACUACCAACACUGGUUACCCCAGGGAAGGGCAAUCAAACGUGAUGGGGGGAAUUUGAUGGGGGAUCAGUUUU